GCAACACGCCAAGAAAUGGUCCCUCUAAAGCAAACAUCUGUUUUUUUUAAUCCAAUAAAAAUAAAAAUCUAAUAAAAUAAGGAUUUCGUCGCAGUUUUCCGGCGAAUUUCAAUCGAAAAAGAGUAAAUUGCGAAAUCAUUACUAGCUUUAAACAAGUGUGUGUGUUUGGGCUCUCUUCCUGUCCCUUUUGAACUCAAUCUUUGAGCGUUUCUCUGCCGGUUCUACCAAAAAAAGACACAGAAAAGGUGUUAAUUUCGAAAUAAAUCAAUAAACGCCUGAUAAAUACAGUGAAAUCUACCGAACUCAACAUGCUGCUGCAGCGGAACAAACUAGGCAGCGUACGGCCACCGAAGCGUUGCAGGAGCGACAUGGACAACAUCUCCACCUCGGACAUUGUCAUUAUCAAUGGCAACUCGCAUCCGGAUCUGGCCAACAUGGUGGCCGAGCGCAUGGGCCUCAAGAAUGGCGGCUGCUCCGUUUUCCACAAGUCCAAUCGGGAGACCAUUGUCGAGAUCAGUGACUCCGUAAGAGGCAAGGACAUUUACAUUAUCCAAACAGGCACUAAGGAUGCCAACAACAACAUCAUGGAGCUUCUAAUCAUGGCCUAUGCCUGCAAGACCUCCUCGGCUCGUUCAAUUGUCGGAGUAAUUCCCUACUUGCCGUAUUCCAAACAGUGCAAGAUGCGCAAGCGUGGCUGCAUUGUGUCCAAGCUGCUGGCCAAGAUGAUGUGCACCUCGGGCCUCACGCACAUCAUCACCAUGGAUCUGCAUCAAAAGGAGAUCCAGGGAUUCUUUGACAUACCGGUGGACAAUCUGAGGGCAUCGCCUUUUCUGCUCCAAUACAUUCAGGAGAGCAUUCCCGACUAUCGCAACUCGGUGAUUGUGGCCCGGAAUCCUGGAGUGGCCAAAAAGGCCAACUCUUAUGCGGAACGUUUGCGUCUCGGCCUGGCCGUCAUCCAUGGUGAACAGAAAGAGGCCGAAAGCGACGAGGUAGAUGGUCGCUAUUCUCCACCACCGACCAGUGCGUAUAGCAAUUUAUUAGGAAAUUCAGUUGAAAUGUGCUUACCAGCGAUGCCUAGAAACUCUACUCCACAACACGCCCCGAUCAGCAGCAGCAACAGGCAGCGCACCACCUCGGUGUCGGUGGGUGUGCCGGAGCAUAUUUGCAAGGUCAAGCCACCGCUGACCAUAGUGGGAGAUGUGAAUGGACGCAUUGCCAUCAUGGUGGAUGACCUAAUUGAUGAUGUCCAGGCCUUUGUGGCCGCCGCUGAAAUGCUGAAGGAGAAUGGAGCCUGCAAGAUCUACGUGCUGGCCACGCACGGUCUGCUUAGCUCGGAUGCACCGCGUCUGCUGGAUGAGUCGCCCAUCGAUGAGAUCGUUGUAACCAAUACCAUUCCACAUGAGAUCCAGAAGCUGCAGUGCCACAAGAUCAAAACGAUCGACAUCUCCAUACUGAUUGCCGAGGCCAUUCGCCGCAUUCACAACAAGGAGUCCAUGUCCUAUCUCUUCCGCAAUGUCACGCUGGAGGAUUGAGGAGCAGUUCCCUCCAUCUACAUACACACUCACACAGCCUCCCAGUUCAUAGCUAUUGAUGAAGUCACAAAAAAUAGUUGUUUAUUUUGUUUGUUUUUCCCUUUGGAAACCAUUUUUUGCUCAAAUAAACGAAUGAUCCCACA